CUUGGCACACCUUUGCAUAGGCAUAAGGAGGACAAUUAACAGACUCAACUUGUCGAGAUAAUUCCUGAGAGCAUUGGAGUGAACUUCAAUCCUCGAGCAAUUGGUGCAGGAAGCUGUUAAAGGGUUUUAUCGAAACAGGGUCCUCCGGAGGCAGCGCUAUCUGUAUUUCGACUUUCCAUAAUCAUGGCUAAGAACCCUGUCAUCGGCCUAUUGGGCGGAGGCCAGCUUGGGCAAAUGCUCUGCCAGGCCGCUGCUCCCCUCGGCAUCACCGUUGCAGUGCUGGACGCCGAGAAUUGCCCCGCCAAACAGAUUAAUCAUAACGAUCUUCAUGUUACUGGGUCAUUCAAAGAUUCUGAAAAGAUCAAACUUCUAGCCGCACGCUGCGAUGUGCUAACUGUUGAGAUCGAGCAUGUCGAGUGCGAUGUGUUGGAAGAAAUCGCAACUAAAGGUGUCGAAGUGCCCUCCCCUGAUGGAAAUGGCACCGUCAUGAAGCGGGUCCCAGUUCACCCCUCCUACAAGACCAUACGUCUGAUACAAGACAAGUACCAGCAAAAGGAAUACUUCGCCCAGAAUGGACUCCCUGUUGCUCCUCAGAUGGCCAUCGAGUCCGGCGAUGCGCGCCUCACAUCCAUUGAACAGGCCGCGAAAAGCUACGGGUUUCCUUUCAUGCUAAAGGGCGCCAAGGGAUCUUAUGAUGGCCGGGGCAAUUUUAAAGUCAACUCUGCCGACGACUUCAAGACCGCAGUUGAACAAAUGGGUGAUCAGCCACUUUAUGCCGAGAAGUUCGUCCCCUUUAAAAUGGAACUGGCCGUUAUGGUAAUGCGGACUGAAGAUGACGAUGGAAAUCUGAAGAAAGUCUACCCAUAUCCUGUCGUUGAGACGAUCCACGAAGACAGCAUUUGCACAAAAGUCUUUUUCCCACCGCGGAACGUUGCCGAGGACAUUAUUCAGAGGGCCCAAAAGGUAGCCUGCGACGUAGUCAGUCGACUCUGGGGACGAGGUGUAUUUGCCGUCGAAAUGUUCCUCGAUAAUGACGACAAGAUUAUUGUAAAUGAGGUUGCUCCUCGACCGCACAAUUCUGGCCAUUUGAGUAUCGAAUUAGUACCUCAAAGAUCCCAGUUCCGUGCUCAACUAGAUGCUAUAUUAGACAGGGUCCCGUCACCAGAAUUUUCCUUUGUUGCUCAGUUCCCGUCUGCUAUCAUGUUAAAUAUACUGGGUGGCGCCGAGCCCCAUUCUCAUGAUAAACUCGUCGAUUUGACUAAUAGCUUCUACCAUUCACAUGCCUGCGCAGCACUGCACUUAUAUGGUAAAGAGUCGAAGCCAGGGCGAAAAAUUGGACAUAUAACUGCAUGGGGUCAGUCGUCUGUCGAGCAGCUUUCCGAGCGGAUUAAUCACCUCAUCCAAUGCAUGGAUAAGAUUAGGGCAGAGCGCAUCGGAUCGAAAGAAAUAUCAGGGGUGUUGGCGUCACAGUCACAAUCGACCCCCUUGGUAGCAGUCACAAUGGGAUCCGACUCGGAUCUUGGAACACUCACUGCCGGAUUGAAAAUAUUGAAAGAUUUCGAGGUACCUUUCGUAGUUCGGAUCACGUCAGCACACCGUACACCUAAAGAAAUGAUGAACUUCGCCGAUGAGAUGAAUAAGUCCGGUUGCAAAGUAAUUAUUGCAGCUGCUGGAGGAGCCGCACAUCUCCCCGGAAUGGUAGCGAGCGAGGUUUGCCUACCAGUAAUCGGAGUUCCCGUGAGGGCGAGCGUAUUGGAUGGUAUGGAUAGUUUACUAUCUAUCGUCCAAAUGCCCCGAGGUAUUCCCUGCGCAACCGUCGGAAUAGGCAACUCCACAAACGCUGCCCUCCUAGCUAUCAGGAUACUGGGAGCUGCAUUCCCCGAGUACGCCGAGAAGAUGAAGGCGUACCAAAAGAAGAUGAAGAACGAAGUCCUCGCCAAAGACGAGGCGAUUCGCUCCAUGGGCUGGGAAAAAUACUUAAACCGAGACUCUUGAUCGAGUAAGCUUUCGUGGGAGUUGGGGAAAAGGGAUUCCUGGAUUCGUGACUGAUGUUACAGUCUUCGGGUGCCGGGAGAUAAAGAAACAAUAUUUGAGUAGUAGCUGUCCAGGACCGUCUUAUACAAACUAGGUACGGUAGAAAAGGAGAUAGAGAUACCAUUGUGAGUAGCAUGAUCACGUGCUUGUAACGAAAACAUCGUGAUGUGAUUUUUGCCUUACGUAGGUAUCAAGCUAGGUCACGUUAACUGGGUAUGAAUCAUGGCGUGUCCUUCACUUCUCCAGCAACAAAACAUAUUCACGGCAAAUAGACCAAUCCAAACUAGGCAUCAUAGUGCACUGGUAUUAGUUUAUUCGCACAGCAAUAAAGCAACCAGGCUUCAUUCAGUACCAUAAGCUAUUGGUAGGCUCAAGUAAUUAAGCGGAGGCGGAAAUAUCUUUACGUUUAUUCUCUUUUUCGGCU